AAAACUUCACUUCUUUAUUUAUCAAAAAGAAAAUCGAAAAAAUUUAAAAACCAACUACUAAAAAAAUUUUAAAAACUAAAUAAAAAAAUAUAAGUAAAAAAAAAUCAUCUAAUAAAGAUGACGAAAAAUUAUAAAAAGCUACGUACUGAAAUCCUACCAGUGUUUCAAUAAUAGCUCCUGUAUUGCGUCUUUUCUCUUCAUCGUUUAUCGUGCAUGUUUAUUUGUUGACUCUUCUGGGUUACUGUGUGUGUAUGCAAACAGAUUCCGAAAAUCCUAUACUCGCUGGUCAAUCAUCCUUUGCACAAUAAAAUCCAUUGUGGCCCGAGUGACAUACAAACGCCGUGAAGACGCCGCUGCCACCAUCAAAGGGCAAACGUGCGUAAGACUCCAUUAGUGGCGUCAUACACUACUAUUUGAGUUGGCACUGCGGCAAACAAAGCUGGAGUACAGUUUUAAAGGCGGAGAGCAGGAAGCAGUGAACUGCGGAAAAUCUGUUGACUGUUGCCGCAACGUAAAUUUCUGGAAUUAGCUGUCAUUAUGGCCAAGGAAACAGCUUCUACACGCAUACCGCGCCUGGAUGGCGCCUCACGUAUACCCUUACCCGGCAGCCUGCGACCGCCCAGCUCAACUGUACAGGCCGUCUCCGGCUUGGCAUCACGUACAACACAAAUUUUUCAACGCGCCUCCACUGUGGGCCUCCCACAUAAGCGUCCUUCGACAUUGGCUGGUCUGCGACCGUCUAUAGUGAGCGCGAACGCCCUAAAACGCAGUGCAUCGGGCGAUCACAUUACUAAUGCCAUGAGUUUGGUUACUAAGAAAACGACUACUGCACUCAAGAAAUGGAUAGGGAAACCUGAGAAAAUGCUGCCGCCACCAGUGGCGCCCAAGGUGCACAAUGGUAUGCAGCUAAAUAAAAAUAAAAGAAAACCUGCAUCAGCAAACAAAGCGGGGUCCGUCGUAACAGCACCUGAUUGUCUCGGCACGCCACGCCCCCAACUUACACGCUCCGAUACGUUUGUACGCACCGAUAGUCCUAACGACAAUGACAUUAUAAACUUUACACCCAAUUUACUAACACAGUCGACGCCAGCGCCACCUACAUGCGGCGCGCUCACAACAACACGCAUUAUCCGUCCGCCGGAUAUCAAUGAGACAACGAAACUGCUUAGCAACAACACACGCCACGCUCUCUACACCACACAGAGCCUGGAUAUAAGUCAAUUCCAGCCAGCGGCCGAGUUCGGCGAGACUUUCGAGGCAAGCAUGAAGCGUACAAUGACGCUGGAUGAGACGAAGAGAGACACCACCAUCAGCCUUAAUAACCAAUACUCGCCGAAUGCAACAGAAGCAAUAUUAAAGCCCAAUUUGACUACAACUUUUAAUGCGCCUGCAUUGCUUGGUCAAACCAUGAAUGUGAUCGCAAGUUCAGAUACUUUUACUACCAAGCCACAAAGCAGUUCGCUGGACACCGUACUGCUGGAAAACACAUCCUCCUUGGGCGGAGGGAAGAUUAUCGAUCAUGCUGAUGCGAUCUCACCGAUUACUAAUGCCACGUACUCCAAUCCUGAUUCGCUGGAUAACCUCCAAUUGCUCGAGGAUGUGUCUGCGCCAUCCGGUUUCCUCGAAAUGGAUCUCACCUUACACUCAGAAAGCGCCAGUGAACAUGAAAAGAUGCGAGAUAAUUUAAUAGACUGUUCAGGUUGCUCAGAGCUCGAUGAUAUGGAUAGUACCCUUAAGCCAUUGGCGCCGGAAAAGACGCACAUGAGACUGCCACUUAACUCGACUGCGAAUUCCGAACGUUUGCUGGAUCUUACCACCAAUAUGCUUUCGCCGUCGAACCGACAAAUGCACAUGAUGAACUUGACAAAAGAUUAUCUGGAUGCACCGGCAACACGUAACACGAGUCAACUACUUUAUAUGACUCAAAAUGCUUACGCGGGCUCAGAACGCAUUGUGCCAGACCGUGCUAUCGGCAUGAAAUACCAAGAUCAAACUCAUCUGCUCCCCUCACCUCAAGUCGGACUCAAAGGGGCGCAUAGCGAUUUAGUCCUACCCACACGCACGCCAGAUGAUGAACCGUUAAGUGUGCCGAUGGAAGUAGAUGCUGGUGUACUACUCGGAGUGGAUGCACCUACCGAAGGCUUUUAUUUGUCGCGUAAUGGUAAGCGCGGUCAGACUGUUGGCAACGCUACUUCACUGCAAGACGUCAAUGAUCCGAGUGGGAAUCAGAAGUCUCGUUAUUCCUUUGGCUUGGAUCUCACUGAGUCGACGCUUGAUUGCUCAAUCGACUUGGUAGAUGCGUCGCUAUCGUCGAAUGCUGCUGGUCAGAAUACUGGAAAUAGUUCCUUCGCCGCUCAUCCACACUCACCGUCUAAGCAAAUCCAGCUGCAGCAUCAGCACCAACAGCUGCAACCUUUACGGCGACAGACCUCCUUCGAAUUGGAUGAGAGUUUGGGCAUAUUGACGCCCGAUCAGAUGAAAGAGUUCUUGGAUUCCACAAAUACUAAUAACACCAACAAUUUGGAGCUGCCCCUGGCUCAUGCGCAGAACAAAAUGGCAUUUCAUCACAUGCGAAUAGAUCAGACGCCUUCGCCGGAGGAGCUGCCGCUCGAUCCGGUUGAAGUUAAGACUGAUGUCACAGAGCUUUUACUCUCCCAACAACAACAACAACGCCAUCAGGCUGAUUUAUUUGAUUCCACACUCACUCUGCAACACCAGCAACAAUUGCAGCAACGUCAACAGCAACUACAACAACAACAAUUACAAUCGAGCUCAAUUAGCACAGCGGAAACGAUAUCCACUAACACUGACACUGACAUUUCUUCAAAAACGUCGGAUGCUAUGACCAAGUCUAAUGUUUCGAAAAUCUCCACCAGUUUCAUCACGAGCGUCACCAGCGUAACGAGCUUGGAUACAGGCUAUCAAGGUGAUGGCGAAAUGUCGCGGCCAGCUUCACGCGGCGCCUGCGAUCACUCGCCUUCUAACGGCCCCACAGCCCGUAAGGGUGGUCACGUCUCACGCCAACCAAGCUUUAAUCAACAGCUGCAACAGCAACAAAUGCCACUGGUGCGUCGUCAAGACCCCAUGACCGACUCUGAUUUCUUCACCGAAUCUGAUGCGGAUGACAUCUUUCAUCGUGGCGAUCGUCGUGCUCAAGUGAUUGACGGCCAGCUAUACGGACCGAUGCUACAGCAGCCUGCAGCCUCCGUAUUCAUAUCUGAGGAUCCCGAAGAUUCCUGCAUGGAAUCAUCGGGCAUCUUCACAGACGUCGAGAAUCGUUGCGAUGAUGAUUUGGCUCAAAUGCGACGCCAAGACACACAAGACGCCAUGUUGGAUAUGUCGCCAGAGGGUGAUGGUGAAGAUUCCACAGAAACAGUGAAAAGUAACCGAGGCUCCGGUAAACAUUUGCUGAACAACGAACGACAAUCCAACAAAAGUGAAAUCAACGCCAAUGGCGACAUUACUGUUACCACCACAGCGCGAAAUGUUGCUGCCACCACAACACUCGGUCAAGGUCAGUUGAGCAACAGUCAGACCUCCUCAACUAUACACAGCAGCAUGAGCACCGAUCGUCUCUCAGCAGCGACGCUCUCCAAUCGCACUUCAUACUGCAGUGUCGACGGCAAUACCGUGAAUGCGGACUGCAAAAGCUUCUCCUCGCUGGAAGAAGCUUUCGAUGAGAGCACCUCAGCGCUAAAUGUAAACGAAACUAUCAACCACACUAUAUUGAGUCCAGCAAGUGCUGAGUGCACAAGACGAUCGCGGCUCUCCACAACUGGAAACGACAACAGCGGCAGCGCAAAUAUUCGUUCUGGCGAUGAGUGCUCGGCUGGGGUUGAAUCAAAACAGCGCUCGUCAGUGCAGAGAGUGACUCCACCGCGUAAGCACGCGUCGCUAACUUCGCUCUCAACAAUCACGGCAACUAAUGCCGCAUUUAAUGGUGCUAAAAUAGGUUUAGAAUACGACGAAAAUAAAUCCGCCGCUUUAGGUUUAACGGUAACGCGUGGUCGCGCACUAAUAGAAGGGGAAACGCAUUCGGAAACGGGAACUGCCGGCACACAAGCGGCUGGCGCCUCAACGUCAUCUUCAACAACCUCGCUGUCGUUGGGUAACCACAACAAGACCAUACACCAUUCCGCUUUGGAAGCUGCCGUUGCUGCAGCCGCCGAAAAACACACAGCUACUGCGGGUACCGCGAACAAAAGCACGCCGCGUGCGACGACCACGUCUACGAAAUUUGCAUCCGCGCGUAAUUCGCCUAAACUAAAGCAACAACAACACGCGUACACCGGUUCGGUCGCGAGUGUCGGCGGUGAUAUAACGGUAAAUGUGCGUAAAAAGCAGACACCCAAUAAAUGGGAAGCAGUGAUGAAUAAGAUCCAAAGCAACAAAGCGUUACCAAAGAAAAAUCUUAAAGAAGUGAAAUCAAAAGUGUCGACAAUAUUACGCCCCAGUAAUGGGGUAGUGGGUGCUACAGCUGCGGGUGGCGGUGGUGUUGCCGCCACCGCAAAUGGUGUCGACUCAACGAGGGCGCGGCUGAGUGGCAGUGGCGGUUUACAGGGACGCUCGAGCGCCACCUCCACACCGCUCAUCCGUCGCUCGCCAACUUCGAGCACGAUGAGCUCGCGUACGAACUGCAGUCCAACAACAACAGCGCAACAAGUGUCGAAGCGGCUAUUUCAGGGUGUUGCCGCUAAACGUGGUCGCUCGUACAGCAAAGACAGUCAGAAGAGCUCUCAAAGCGAUCUGAGUAUGGCGAGUGCUGGUGGCGGUUCACCGAAGCUUUUGGCUAAAACUCCACUGAGAGCAGCCAAAAAGCGUGAUGUACGCAACUUGAGCAUAUCACCGACAGAUUUGGGACCGCCACCCAAGGCUCAACAGACUACCAAAAGCACAUCAACGCGACUCAAGCCGGCGGCUAUCUCCUUGACACAAAAACGUUAUCCCUCACAAAGUGUCAUUGGCACACCCUCUACGCCGUCCACGGCAGUAAGCACACCGACGGGCAGUGGCGGUGGAAAUUUGAAGCUGAAAAGUCCGCCAACAAUCAAGAAAUCCGUUAAAGAUCAAAAUCGUGCUAGCGGUGGCAAUGCGGCUACUAAAAAUGCCAAACAUACAACGGACACACCAACGGAAUUGCAUGAAAUCAACCACAAUAAUAAUAAUAGCAUCACAACAACAACGGCAACAACAUUAACUAAUGGUACAACAACAACAGCAACACGCACAAAUUCGCCCAUACUGGGGCAUCAUGGCAAGAAGACAACAACAACAACAACAACAACAACAGCAUCAACAGUCGUUGGUGUUACCGGUGCCGCCGCUGGUGUUGUUGGUGGUACGUUGCUGGAAAAGAAAUCACAGGCGAAAUUCCUGUCGACGCGUGGCAAAGCGUUACUACAAAAAUCACACCAACAACAACGCUCAGCCGAAGACGCCGCACCUGUGUCGGCGACAAGUGCCACCGAGCGUCUGGAUGCGACAGAAUUGCAACGCUUGAAGUAUUUAAAUCGACACUCGUGCAACGGACGGCUGGAUUAUGAAGCGAUCGAGCGGCACCUGCAGCAGACGGAGCUGCAGGAAGAGCAGCGGAACAAAAGCAUUGAGGUGUUGGGCGUGUUGCUGCAGUAUGCGGUGCAUGAUUUGGAUGCAUUCGCUUGCCCACGUAUUAAAGCUGAGAAAGCUAAAGUUCAGAAUUACUUAACCACAACGCUGAAACUACUGGAUGAGGCGAAGACAAGCUGUACACAGCUGCAGGAUCAACUAUGCGACAAGGAGGGUUAUUACUCACAGCGGGAGGAGGACUUGCAGGCCUUGCACCGCUGCGAGAUGGAGAAAGCACAAGCCAGUCUCUGCGACUAUCAAGCUUUCGCACAACAGAAAAUACUUACGCUCGAGUCACAACUGGAUGCGCAAACUUUGACGCACAAACGUACGCUCGACUCGUAUCGUCUCGAAAUGGACAAUAAGCUCACACAAAAGCAACAGCAACUGGAUGCUGCCGAAGAGCGUGAACGUAGUUUGAAGGAUCGUUUCAGCGCGCUGGAAAUAUCCGAGCAAGAAUUGCGUGAUAAAUUGACGAGCACAGAAAAUGCCUACGCCGCGCGCUUACAAGCAGCCACCGAGCGUGAGCACACUUUGAAUGAGCGCGUAAAGACACUUUCCAGGGAGAUCGAUGCGUUGCGCACGUCUAAGGAGCAUAGAGAGCGCGAGUUGCGCGACAAAUUGCAUCUAUCUCAAGAUGAGAUAUCUGUGCUGCGCUCGUCCCAACGCAGCUUCAACGAGAGUUUAGAUCGCAGCAGCGGUUUUAGUUCGCCACGCAAUUCGAGCACGUCCGAGCUGGCGCGUUUGCAGAGUGAGGCCGACAGUUUGCACUGUGUGUUGGAGCUGAAGCAGAAGGAGAUUUCCAAGUUGACGAAACACAAUGAAGAGCUAAUGCGUGAUGCUGAGGAGCGCGCCGUGCUGCAGGGUAAAAUAUCUUUGCUCGAGUCGAACAAUGAGAUGUUGAAGACGGAGCUGGAUAUAAAGUCAGAGAAGGAAAAGGAUUUCCUUCGUCAAAUGAAUGACAUGCAGAAAGCUUAUAACCACGAGGCAACCAAACGCAAACGUCUGAGCUAUGAUAACGAGCAGCUUCAAUGGCAGCUUAAACAGCGCUCCGAGCAGCUGCAUAUUGUGGAGACCAAAUUGCACGAGCUCUCCGCCGUGGAUUCGAUCAAUGCGAGUAAUCAAUCUAGUCUGGGCUCGUUGCACCGUUCUCAACUGUUGAAUGGCUCCUCACUGAUCAACAUUCAAAUGGAGGAUAUCUCGCCCCCCACAUCGCCCGUUGUCAAAGGUGUGAUUGAAAAACCCGAUUCGGUAUCGUGGGUGCUCGAAAUGGAUGACGAAACACCCGAAGCCGCGGCGUCGAAAAUGGUAAAACGAGCCGGUUCAUUCCGCUCAGUCGAGCGCAGUCCUUCAACUCGUCGCCAGCUGUCGAGCUGCUCCAGUGCUAUCAACACAUCAUUAAAUAGUGUCGGCAGUGCCAACGGCCACAACAACACCAUAGGUGGACCCAACCCACUAUCGCAGUCAAUGUCUGCUACUUCAGUGAUACGUCAACAUUCCAGCGAUGGGCGACACGAGUUCCCCAAUUCUCGUGCGCACUCGCGUAUACGCUCCAAGUCGGUGAGCGUAAAGAGCAGCGAACCGCCACAAGCUGGCAGCGGCACUGCGCUUAAUACCGGCUCGGUGGGCACAAAAAGCGGCAAACGACUGCUGCGUCAGAGCUCCAGCUCAAACGCUCGCAAGCAGCAUCAACUAGAGUUGGUCAACUGGAAGGAGCCGAUCAGUUCGAGUUCACCGCAUCCGAUGCGUGCGCGUACAUCAACAAUGUGCUCAGAAGUUUCAGCGGCUGAGAAACACGACGAUACGCUCUUUCAACGUACGCCAACAUCCAGCGCUGGCUCACGUAAACUUAUCACAUGCGACACCUCAAAGCUGAACUCAGGCGAACGUUUGGACAUGCAAUCGUUGCCCACACACGCCUCCGUGCAUGAUUUGAAAAAGAAAUUCCAUGAAAUACAGGAAUCAGCCGGCGAAGCGAUGGUCUCGGGCACCAACUCCGAGGACGAAGGCUGUUCAGCAUCGUCCGAUGAAAUUGUCUGUUCGGUGUCGACCUCUUCGGCGACUACCGGUUCCACAUCGUCACUAAAGAACUCGCUUGAAGAGGUUCUACUUUUGGAAAAGAUCAACAGCUUGAACGGCACACCGAUGGAGGUGAGCUGGUCCGAUGAUCCAGAGAUCUUCACCAACGGCUCAACUGUAUGACAAGACGAAGUUGCGGAAUUAGAUGAACAAGAUGAAGAAGAUGACAGCUUCUGAGUCUAGAAGUAAAAUUUAUUCAAAUUGCGAUUUCAACUGGUUUGGCAUACAGACCAGUACACAAGUCACAGCAGCACACCAAGAAAGCCGAGAAAGAAAGGGAUCGUAAUAUUUUUAAUAAAACAACAUUUUGAAAUAGCCGACAAGAGGUUUAAUAAGCUGUGCGUUCGCGUCGCUCACAUCGCCAAAACGCUCACCAGCCAACUCGCCCACCGCCUUGCGACUUAGUCUCUGCUGUGUCGCCGGUCGGUGUGUGUAGUGGCCUGGAGCUGUUUUGUCGGUAGAGCGACGCACGCAAAGUGUGUAAUUGAGCAGACUCUGGCCAAUAGAAUAUUUGUAUGUGUGCGUUAGUGUUUAUAUGCCUGUAGUACGCGGGGAAUUUGAUGAUUGGACGAGUUGAUUGGGCUGAAGGUAUCCUUUGGGCCAAGAGUUAUGCGCCGUGCGCUAGAAUAUUUAUAACUGUGUAUACUUAAAACUUACUUUUAUUUAAUUUAAUUGCAAAAAAAAGAUGAAUAAUGUACCGUUGCAUAUUUAUUUGUCAUUUUAAUUUCGUAUACAACAAGAAAGAGAACUUUUAAAAUAAUAAUAAAAAUUUAUAAGAAUAUUAUGGCAACUUUAUGAAAAGGAUCAGGCGAGACAAAAACAAAAACUGGGAACAGUUCGGUUGGGCUUAGAUGAAUUUAGCUGUGAAUGCUAUGCUUUAGUACCGGAGCAAAAAAAAAAAUAUUUUUUUUGUCUUUGGUUUUUGAAAGGAAAAUUUGUAUAUACGAGAAACCUUGAUUCUUAGGUAUAGUCUUAGGGUAGUCCAAAAACAAACGUAUAAAUUGUUAUAUUUACGCAAUUUUCCUGCAACCAACCAACCGGUGUGUCUGGAAUAAAUACGAAAAAUUAUUAUUUUUAAUUUGAAAAUGCCUCAUUGAAAAAAGCUGUCCAAAGUAAAAUUACAAGUUUUCAUAAAUGAAAAAAGAGAAAUUUUGUUUAGCAUAUUUGUGAAAAAAUUUUGAAAAUGUUUUAAUUGUAAAUAAUUUUUAUUUAUUUUCUGUUUGGCAAAAAAUAACAGAAGUCUUGGGGAAAUUUAAUAUGUAAUUUUGAAAAGUCGUGCGAAAUCUUUAAGCAAUUUUGGUUUGAUUUAUUUCAUAUUUCUCAGUUAAUCUUAAAAACAAUAACAAACAAUUUUUUCUUUUAAAAAACGAUUGAUAUUGGAAGGUUUUGGCAGUUGUUGAUGUCACUGCAUCAAUUUCGUCAUAUUUACAGUGGGCUCGUCUUGAAAUUUAUAUAAUCAAAAAAAGUAUUUUUUUUUUGUUUGAAAAAUAUGAAAAUAUAUGAAUAUGAUGAAAAAUGAACAGUAUUUUCCCAAAUGUAAAGAAAAAACUCUUAUAACGGAUGGCAUUUUUUUUUUUUGAAUUUUCCAGAAGUUCUUAAUACAUAUGGAUUACUCACACACAUUUUUGUAUAAAACAGCCCACUGCAUAUUUAUUUUUCUUACAUUUUAUAGCAAGCUCAUCAAAAAUUUAAUUUUUUUUAUAUCAAAAGAAUGAGAAUUUUGAAUUUUUGGACUACCAAGAAGCUGAGUGUUCUUUCAAUGUACAGUUAUUAAAAAAAGCGCAGUAAUUGGACAUUUAUGUUCAAGAGAGCGCCACCAAUCUGGCUAUGUAAAAUUAAAGAGAAGUUCAUUAUCUCGUUGAAUAUUGAAAAUAUUAAGGCGCGUGGCUCCGUUCUAAGAUAUAAUCUUACGUGUGCAUUUAGGUUAUAAAGCGCCAAAUAUACACGUAUAUGUAUGUAUGUAGGUAUUUAGAGUACUCGGAAGCAGCUCGUCUAGUUUCAAGUCUCGACACGGAACAUUAGCGCCCGUUAAGCAAGUCCAUUAUUUAUGAAUAAAAAAAGUAUAUGAAAAGUGUAAAA